CCCGCCUCCCCCACCUCCUCAUCCUUACGGUUUCUCCGUCUCUUCUCGUCCUACCCCUCCUCCCCAGCCUUGCGACCGCAGGACCGACGGUUGCUUGGUGGAGAUGCUCGGCAAGAAGAAGUGGAACGGCGCGCAGCAUUACAAUCCAUCCCACGCCAGGCCCCCGAAUGGGGACCCGAAACUGCACUACAUGGGCCAGAUGCGGCCAGUGCCAGAGCGCAACGAGGAGAACCGGCGCCUGCGGAUGUCGAAGCACCCGCGCACGGACAUGAGCGUCCCUCAGGUGCGCGGGGGCAAGCCAGACUCCACGCAGCUGCCCGCCUGAAUGCGCGCGCUUCCGCCCGCGGCUGGCGCGCAGCCCCAGCUUGCGGGCCCCCAUUCGCUGGAGGGGCGCCCCCUGAGGGGGCGGAGCGGAGGAUGGGGGGGGAUGCGGAGGAG